AUGAGUGACCCCGCGCCCGCCCGUUCCGCCACCCAAAAGCAAACCACCAAGCGGGCGCGGCUAGUGCUUAACCAACCCAACCAUGCUGCGGUACCUCGCUCACUUGUUGCACUGGCAAGUGUUGCUGGAGCCGGUGAAGUUCUUUCCGCAUUUGCUACACUUGUUCUCGUUGACAAGCGGGUUGUCGUCUUGAUUGUCGGCCCGCUCCUCGCCGGCGUUAACGAGUGCGCUAUACGUGGCGGUUCCUCCCGAUUGGGCAAGCUCGGCGAGGCUGCCAGGAAGUCGGUUGGGCGAGCAGGCCCUUUUGUUUGUUCGCCUAGCUUCCCGGACACAUCACGGCCGCAGCCGAAUGAGUCAAACGCCCGUGGCUGCCAUGCGGCUCUGGCUACGGCCAAUCAAGACCUGGCGACCCUACCAAUGGAUACGGCUUUGUUCCUCAAGCCACCCUUGCCGGGCGGGCGUUUGGGCACCUACAUUUGCCGGAUGGCCUCCAGGCGUAUGUCUCGCUACCGCGUCUGUGUACCCAACCUCCCUGUGGCUACCAUUGGCAUGCCGGCGGCCCUACGGAUUGGAUAA